AUGAUCUACUAUAGCUUUUAUGUUUUGAUAUGUGAGCUAAAAGACACGCUAACUAGAAUAUUGGAUAACUUGAGUGGUAGUAUUGAUGAACCUUUGGAGGAUGGGGAUAGAGCUCUUCAUUUGACCUGUUUGUACGGCCAUUUUGGAUGCGCACAGCUUCUACUAGAAAGAGGAGCUGAUUUGGAGGCUAAAGAUGAGGAUGGAGCAAUUCCUUUACACGAUGCGUGUGCAGGAGGGUUUUUGGAGAUAGUCCAACUUCUACUUAACAGAGCUAAUGACGCCGAGCAUAUAAAAAGGAUGUUAGAAUCAGUCGAUUCUGAGGGUGAUAUUGAUGGGGUGGGGGAGUCGAAUGUCUAG